AUCCGGCCAGUUGGCGCCAUGAGGGGAACUCCGAACCGAAAGUGAAGCCGGUUCGGGGUCGGGACGUCCCGGGCGGAUCGGUCGGUGCCGGGGAGGAGGAUGAGUUCUCAGAAGCCUUUGCUGUGUCCAUGGCUCAUCAACCAAAUCGACAGUGGCCAGUAUCCCGGCCUCUGUUGGGUAAAUGAAGAGAAGAAGCAAUUUAGGAUUCCUUGGAAACACUGCUUGAGACAGAAUAUUUCUGCCGAUGAUAUCAAGAUUUUUGAGGCGUGGGCCACAGCAAGUGGCCGGUACAAACCAGGAACCGAUGUUCCAAAUCCUCCCAUCUGGAAAAGAAACUUUCGAAGCGCUUUAGCAAGAAAGAAGCAUUUCCGCAGAGUGCUCGACAAUAGGAGCGACCCCCUCGACCCGCAUUUGGUCUACGAGAUCCAGAGCACUGACUUUCCAGAGGGAAAUUCACCAUCAUCCUCAACAGAUCAGAUACAAAAAGAGGAAGAGGAUGAGGAGGAUGACUCUGAGGAAGAUAUGGAGGAAGGGCACAUCACCUCAUGGCGCCCAUCUCUGAGCACCAUUUCAGAUACAGGCACCAUGAAGGCAGAAGACAAACUGUUAGAGGGGUGUAUUUCCCAAGACGAGAUCCCUGGCACUAGUGGGCUGCAGUCAGUCAAGAGGCAAAGGGAAUGUAAUGUGCAGGCUCUCCAGAGAGAGAGUCCACACAGUAGUACAGCCCUGGAGGAUUCGGGCGAGGACUACGAUAGGGAAACGUUUAAGAAAAGGCUGGUACAGAUGCACAGUGAAAUGCUUGGCUCAUUAUCCAGCCUGUCAGACAGGGUGCACGAGAUGGCUAGAAGCAUGGAGGUGUCUGUCUCCAACCUUGCACAGGAGGUCCUAUGGAGCCAGGACAGCAUGAGCUCUAGUGUGGAGCUGAUACGCACAUCUGUACCAACAGGCGUUGACGCUACUGCAUUGCAACGGCUGAUGGAUCGAGUUUCAACUUCCAUGGAGGUGCAAGAGGAGACCAUUCAAAGUCUUUGUGCCUCUCUGGAGGUUCAGUGUAAUCCCAGUAGAGCUUUGCUAGCCGUCAGCCAGGAGCAGAUUGCUGUCAUGAAGGAGCAGAGAGAUGCCACCCGGGAGCAGAUUGCCCUUCUCCAUGAACAGAGGCAGGUCAUGCAGGAGCAGAUCGCUCUCCAGCACGAGCAGAUCACUGUUCUGCGUGAGCAGAGAGCUGACUCUCGAAAGAGCACCGCGGCGCUUAGGGAGCAGACGGCUGUCCUGCGGGAUUUAGUGGUUGGGAUCGGCACGGGUCUGAAGGCUUUAACGGACGCAAUGCAGUCGGGUUCGCAGCUGAUCUGCAAGCACCUGUCCAGCCGGGCGCGGGACAGGCCUAGUGGCGUUUUGCGUCUUCGGCCUGUUGCCCUCCCUCGUGGCAUCAGCUGUUCUCCUCGGGCAAAGUCCUUGCCUGUGUCCCACAGCAAGCUAUCUCGGGCUGCAACUUCUGAUGGCAGUACGCUGGAACCUCGCUCUUCCAGACCUUAUCGUAGGCAUCCAUUGCGGACAUAUUCUAGGAUAAAGAAGCAGGCUCCCCAGGGUGCCAGCAUAACGGAACAGGCUCCCCAGGGUGCCGGCAUGGCGGAACAGCCUCCCUUGGGUGCUGGUACAACGGAACAGGCUCCCCUGAGUCCCAUCAUGACAGAGCAGUCUCUCCAGGGUGCUAGUACAGUGUAGGGACCUUGCCCGCAGUGCUCCAGCAGCCCCAGUGAGGCUGCAGAGAUGCCAGGGCAGACCACAUCUCAACUAUAGGGUAUUCACAGGAGGAACUGUUAGUUUAUUUAUUAGACAUUGAUAUUGAUGUUAUACUUGCAUACAUUUUUUAUGAACAUUUGAAUAGAGAGUUUUAAUUGUCAUGUGCCAAGAAUCUGACGGUAAUUGCCAAUGCAAUGGAAUAAUGAGUAUAUCAGCUCAUGAAAGGUGGUUUAAGGCAUUGUGUGAUGCUAUCCACUUGAUCAACUUUAAUGAGAAUGAGGGAGCUUAUAAACCACGAGGCCCAGGUUGUAAACCUCAUUCCAUUCCCCUUGAAGAGGGUACAUUCCACAGUUGAAUGGAAUCAUGUGGUCGGCGUGUCCAGUGUUAGGAUCCUCUCUCGGGCGAUAGAUGUUUGGUAGCCCUCACCCUAGCCUUGAAGUAUUUCUGAACAUUGAAGGGUAAAUUCAGUUGACCUCUCACCCAUGGACAUCGAUAGAACUGACUUAGUCUUGCUGACUUCUGGAGCCAAAGCAAGUUAUCUUAAACAAUUCUCCGAUAGAGUGAGGUGCUAUCAUCCUGCAUCGCUGCUCAUUUACAAAGGCUGCCUUACGUUAAGGCAAGAAUUGGUGGUGAGAUGAUACUUCCAGUCCACUGUUAAAUGGACUACUUUAGUAGCUAUCCCUGUGACCUGCCUUCUCAUUUGAUCACAUUGCAAGACCAAAGAUGCAGAUGUUUUUGCAGGAUCAUCCUUGAAGAUGGCUGUUUUUUAAAAAAAAUUAAAUCCACAUUGAACAUG